GAGAUCGUCGACGUUGUGACGACGUUCUCAUAUCAUGUUGUGCAGUACCUGGGAACCUUGGUCUCGAUCAUUGAGAUAGUGAGCACGCGCAUCGCCCAGUCCACUGAAUCCUUUGAUGGCGUUGGAGACCCAACUCUCUUGAAGAAGGAUGUGGCCAAGAACACCAUCGUGACCAAGAGCGCCUGCAGCUACGCGUUGACUACACUCACGCUGAAGGAGAAGCCGAUCGACCUGGUCAAGCACUUCAGCGAGCUCUCAGAUUCGGACAGGGUGAGUCCUGUGGUAGGGACGCUUUGCAAGUUCAGCAGUUUGCACUUUCGUGGCUGCGUCAACGAACACUUCGAUCUUACUUCUGUGGUCAGCGUGACGGACGUGGAGAUAUUGAGUGCGUUUCGGAACAUGGUGAGGAUCUUCUGGGCUACUGAGGGCUCCGAGAUCGUCAGGAAGUGCAUCGACCCGUUCUGGGCCGACAUGAUGAACUGCGUAUUCGAGGAAAUCAUCAUUGUGGAGAUCGCGCACCCCGGUGCGAUUGCUGCAACCUCUGCGGGCAAUGUCACCGGCCACCUCGUCGAGAAGAGCAGUCUGGAUCGUCUGCCCGAGCUGCCCUUCGCGACCGCACAGGUCAACCCAGAGGAGAACGUGACCCUGUUCAAGACCUACGCCAGCAACCGCUGCAUCGACGCGAUCCUGCAGUUUUCGGCCGAUGCGGACGUGACAGAAGUCGACGUCAAGAGCUCGAAGGACUUUGCUCAGCCCAUGGUGAGGGCGCCCGUUCGCGUCAUCACCGACUGGUUGAGCGUUUUCUGCCAGGCGAGGGGCGCGGCACAUUGCGCGGCGCGCUUGGAGAAGGUGCUUCUGCAGGCCAACGUUUCCGAGGUCGACUCAGACACGGCGUUCAAGACGGCUGCUGGGCUGCAGCUUUGCUUCCAGGAGCUCGUGGUGGAGUUGGAGAAGACUGCGUCUUCAUCUGCGGUCAAGGGCGCUGAAGCCAUGGCGUUGGCAUCGCCCGUCUCAGUCGGCCUCCUGCGCGAGUGGGCUGGUCGCGUGGCUUUGUUCGGCGGAGCGCGCGCUGCGCAGUUGGCGAAGGUCUUCUCGGAGCUCUUGCGCGGCCAGGGCGACGUGGUCAGCUCGACGGUCAGCACUAACAACAACCUCUUCCACUUCGCCAGCCUGAUGGGCACGCGCGCUGGCCUGCCGCGCAUCGCGCCUCGGUUGCAGGACCGCGAUCUGACGGCGCGCGCGGUGGCAGUGGCCCGCGCGACCUUGCAGAAGUCGAACAUCAUCCUGGCGACCGUGGGCGUGGAGAGCGCCAGCGCCGCCAAGCAGUGCGUGAGCCAGCGCAGAGGGGGCCCCAAGCACGGCGCGAGCAAAGGGGUCGUCGGCCAGGCCCCGAAGGCCAGCGGCUCCAAGAGGGCGCAGGACGGCGAGGCGGGCGGGCCCGCCAAGAAGGCGCCCGGCGGCAGCGCCGACGCUGGCGGCGAAGAAGGAGGGCGAUGGCGGCGACGCCGUGAGGCGCAGCGGCGCCUUGGGGCAGCGCCCGCGCCGGGCGCUGGUGGGAUGCCCGUUUUCGGGCACUAG